UAUGUUGAUGCCUUUUGCAUCUUCAUGUCUAUCACAGUGGGCGCUGGUUUAACAUGCGUGUGUAUUUUUCAUUCCUCUUCUCUCUGCAUCAGUGGGGUUUCCAUUGACGGUCCCUGGUAUUCCAUUCUCAUGGAGUACUGUCCAAAUGGUACCUUCUUCGACCUCCUUCACAACAACCCUCCAGUCAGCAUUGACAACAUAAUUGACUGGACUCAACAAAUUGCUCAAGGAAUGAAUUACCUUCACAGUCACAAAGUAGUUCAUCGCGAUCUAAAAUCACCAAACAUCUUGAUAAGUGAGGAUGGAACCCUGAAAAUAUCGGAUUUUGGCGUUUCCAAAGAGUUUACUGAAAACUCCACUAAAAUGUCCUUUGCUGGCACCGUUGCUUGGAUGGCACCGGAAAUAAUGCGUGGAGAGCCUUGCUCUUUCAAGGUUGACGUCUGGUCGUUUGGUGUGAUUGUGUGGGAGAUAUUAACCUGUGAGGUGCCCUUCAAUGGCGUUGACUGUGGCGCCAUUAUUUAUGGGAUUGCAAGCAAUCUUUUCAGCCUUCCCAUUCCCACUGCCUGUCCUACUGAGUUUCGGGUGCUCAUGAAACGUUGUUGGUCACCAAAGCCAAGAAAUCGACCCAGUUUUCCUCAAAUACUUUCUCAACUUGAAUUAGCCUGUACUGAAUUGCUUCAAUGGAAGGAUGAAAAUUUUACCAAUCUACGAGAAUUGUGGCAAGAAGAAAUUCACCUUCAAUUGAUGGACCUUCUGAAGGAGGGAUCACGAGCACCGAAGCUGGAAAUUUCACUGAUGCGUCAACGACGACAGGAGUUAAAGGAUGCGCAAAGCAUUCGUCAGAACUACGAGGAGAAGUUGCAUCGAGUGAAUCAGUUGUGCAGUCACUUAAAAGCUCUCACCGAGGAGCUCGAAAGAGAACAACAAAGAGUCACACAAGAACGAAAUCGGUACAGACGUCUGAUAUACGAACGAAGUCGUGGCAAUACACCAUUCAGUGUAGAGAACUUUGCCAAAAAAUUGCCUCCAUCACGAAGUACUCAACGCUCUCAGUCGAGAGAGGGUCAAAGUAGGGACACAGAGGCCAAAUUUACAUGCAAACAUUGUGGUACUGUCAAUGUCUCCAGUCCAUCUGCAAAUCACUCCCCACCUCGAGUGAAGGCUGAUCCACAGAUCUCACGACGUGGAAGCAAACAAGGCCCAGGUGGACACAAUCCUCGAUGGCUUCGAGUUUGGUAUGCUGCAACACGCUCCAAACUGUUGGAGAAUGCCUCUCUAAUUUCGGAUGACAUACACACCGAGUCGCAAGAGAAGAAGGAUGGUGCUUGCUGCAAGUCUGUAAAUGUUCCUGCUGCUUCGCCUCCUGCUCCUCCUCUUCCAAGUAAUAACAUGCUAUCUCAAGCACAACAACUCGAUUCCGAGGCAGAAGAACGAGUGGAGGUUGAGAGUUCAAUUGAUGACGAUGGAAAAGCAGCGGUUACUCAGUAUAGCCCAGCAGUCGCCGAUUCCUCUCUGCAUUUCUCAGCCUCACGAGACAAUUUGUGUCAGCGUGUUGAGGAGCACUCGGAGGUGUCAAAGUUGAGACGAAGUUCGUGGUGUUCUGGCAAUCCUAUGGGGGAUGUGCCCCAACCACUCACUCCCCUAAACACUCACAAUUCUCCUGAACUGAAGAAUUUGCGAUUAAGCAUGUUUUUUGAGAAGCAACAACAUUUAAGCAAGUGUCAACAAAGCUUCUCAAUUUCGUCUUCGCUUUCUUCGGAGAGUGGAGGGUUCAAUGGAAGCAAGGCUACGGUGAUAUUUCAGCAUCUCAAUUCACGCCCUCAGUCUGGCGACACGUACCACACCAAACGCUCAAAGCCCUUGUUGCCGACGCAUGGUGUCUCAAUUGAAAGGUUGCAUCGGACGGAUGAUGGUGGAGUAAAGAUGGAGCUACCGUGCCCGCCGUGUCUGCCCUCGGCACAGGGGCCAACGCUGAGUGUAUCGCUUCGAUCCUCACCGCGUCUGCGUCAGCAGCCUGGGCGACGUCAUUGUCGUCAUGCGCCACCUCCACUAACGUCGUCACGUCUACCCGCACUUCUCCCUCCACCUACAUCUCCAUCGGCUGCGUCUGUAGCACUUGCUCCACCCUCCUCCACUGUCAGCGCCACAUCACGAUCCCCGGCUUUGGGAUUGUCUGUAGAUACGACCACUCUUAACUCCUCUGUCUCCACUUCACUCAGUAUUACCACCUCUCAGAUGCGACGUAGCAUGGAGAAUCUGGCGAUGGAGUUGACCGACCACAUCGCAGACAGCUUAUCAGAAAAGGAGAGACGAGUAGAUGUGAUCGAGCGCCAACUUUUAAAAGCAGCCUGUGAUCGACAAAGAUGCUUGCCUGUACACAGUGUCGCAUUGGUGGAUGGCGGUGGAGACGAUAAAAGGGCAUUGGGGAAGACGGAGGCAGAUGAUGGAGCUUUAGGAGCAUCCAGCGGUCUUUGCGUCGGUGGAGGAGAGGUCUUUGGUCUCGACAAACCCUGGCUUAGUGCUGCCGACCUCAAUUGCAAGGUCAACGGAGCCUCCAUGGACGCUUCCAGUAUCCUAGAUACCGAGUCCAUACCAACAGAUUCAGAUACAGAUGCUCAUUGA